AUGGCGGCUCCCGCAGCGUUGACCCUCGGAACGCCCUGCGCAGGCCUAGCCGGCGCUGCUUCAAGCCAGGGCGAGAGACCCUGCUUCGCCAGAGUGCCGGCGCGGCGUCUGCAUUCUGGUUGCUUCCUCAGUAGGAAUGGCGCGAUUCAAUCCUUCAGCAACAGGGGGACGGCGCGCUCUUCAAUAUCUUCCUCGAGGGCUGUUGCUCUCGAUUCCGACCAAUUGGGAUCCUCUCCGCCCCUUGCUGAGGUAACCUCGGUCGCCUAGAUCCGUUCUGUUUUCCAUGUUUUAGAUCGCGCAUGAGCUCAGCUGAGGAGAUUUUAGGGUAGAUUCAAUCUCCGUUCUCCGUCUCUGAUAAUCUUUACCUACUGGACGUCACAUUUUCUAUUAGUUUUGAUUUAUGAGUUCUUCCAGGGGGGAUUUCUGUGCGGAUUCAUGGCGAAAAGUACUGUCUCUUCCUAGGGGUAGGGUUUCUGAUGAUUUUCUCCGUGCGCGGUGCAGGCGAAGCCGAUCAAGUACUACUUCUUGGUGGCGAACGCGAAGUUCAUGCUGGACGAGGAGGAGCACUUCCAGGAGCAGCUGUCGGAGAGGCUACGCCUCUUUGGAGAACGCGGGCGAGAGCAGGAUUUCUGGCUCGUCAUCGAGCCCAAGUUCCUGGACAAGUUCCCCAACGUCACCAAGAGGCUGAAGAGGCCCGCCGUCGCGCUCGUCUCCACCGAUGCCCCCUGGAUCACGUAAGCUCCCCCGUCUCCCGUCAUUCCUGCUGUUACUCUUUGCUCGAUUCCGCAAACCCUAGCAGAAACCGAUCAGAACCGUGUCUGGAUCUGAAGCGGGAGGAUGACUCAAUCGUAAUAGUAGCUUCUAAGCCUCUCAUCUGCCGAACUUGUCGAACUCAGCCCCCUCCUUCCUUCUGCGACCGAUUGAUCGAUGCAGACGUAUUCUGUUCUUCCUGUGACUGAACAUCUCAAACGAAUACCUCUUGUUCAAUCUCACCCGGGGAUUUUCGCUGUUCCUGGGCAGCCCACAUCAGAUUUCUAUGAAAACUCACCUGCAAUUCACUCCUCAGCUACUGUUUUUCGUAAAAAUUUCUUCGAGUUGAUUCCAUCUGUUUCCCUCAACCCGUGAUUAUGAUCAUUCGGACUGAAUGAACCCUAUCCGUGUCUGAUUGAUUCACAAAGAAUAAUAAAAAAAUCCCUCGAGAUUUUCUCUGAAUCGACAUCAUUUUUCUAAGAAUCGACAGCUCAGUCAGAUUUUUUUUUCUUUUUUUUUUCCUCUCGAUUUCGAUCUGUUUCUAUCAGACUUUGCUUACAACGAUGGUGAUUGGAUCCUCAGGUUCAUGAAGCUGAGGCUGGACAGGGUUCUAGCGGAGAGCUUUGAGUCCGACAACCUCGCGGAGGCCCUGGCCUCCACUCCCGUUGACCUCCACUUCGAGAAGCCCCAGAACUGGGUCGCUCCAUACCCCAAGUACGAGUCUGGUUGGUGGGAGCGCUUUCUCCCUCCAAGAUCCUCGGAAUCGGAGGCAUGA